AUGAUCGGCAAGGACGUCAAGGAAGUGAAGCAUUACAUCAUGGAGGGGCGCCGUCCCAUGCUGAUUCGCUGCCAAAUCGGCGUGGCUCCCGCGGGAAUGCAGUCGCUCUCGUCUCCUUCAUCGCGCUCUCUUUUAUCGCCAGGAUCCUCGAUUAAUUACAGUUAUUCGACGCGCGAUUCGUCGAUCUUUCUGCGAAGAUUCCUGCGGGUUCCUCGCCUCGCAAUUCGGAAGAACUCUCGAUUUGCAUUCCGGAGAACGACUCCGCACACGCCGCCAAGCGACAGCGAGUCGAAGCAGGUGCAUCGAUUCUAUCGGUUUGUGUCUCCGCGGUCGGAAGAGAAUGAAUCGGAGACGCUGGGAAGGGAUCUGAGCGUCUCGGAGGAAGACGAAUUCAUCGAGUCGCUUCGUGUGACGUUUAUGCUGGAGCUGUGUCGCUUGAUCGGGCAUUAUCGCGAUUGUUUCAACAGCGACGUUGAAGAAAACGCGACAUUCGAAAUGAUUCUGAACCGAAAGAAGUUUAUUCGCGAGGUGGAGGAAGAGGACACGAAGCUCGUGAAGGCGAUUUCGAAGUCGCAGCUGUUCCACCACUUCGUGGAGGACGCGUUCGAGUACGAAGACAAUUACGAGAUUAAUCUGUUCAACGAUUGCAUCAAGCUGCGACAGAGAAUGGGGCAUUACGCGGAAGAGUACAUCCGCGAGCGGUUGAAUCCGAAGAAUUGGGAGCUGCAGACGGUGAACGUGGAGACGCCGAACGCAGCUCAUCUGCCGGAGAAUUGGGAGACGGAGUCAAUGUUGCGCGCUCCGGACCGAUUCCCCAAACUGGAAAAGCAGUUCUUCGGGAAGCGAAGUCCUCGCAUGAUUCCAACAAAGAUCGCGCAGAGCAAGUCGAUCGUUCCGGAAGAUAUAGAUGCCUUGCUUAAGAAACUGAAAAAGCAGAAGAAAGAAUGGGAUGUUUGA